GUGUGUGUGUGUUUGUAUGUGAAUUGAACUUUCAGUUUAGCUCUGUACACUUAACUACAUACAGAAAUCUCAGGGAGGCUAUUGGUGUAUUUAGUCUUGUAAAAUCUUCAAAGAUACACACAAAUAGUCAACGAAACAAAAAGAAUCCUUAACCUUCAUUAUUUAACGGCUAAAUAACUACCCAAAAAAAAUGGAAAAACAGGCGAAAAAACAACAGCUGGAAAACGAAAAACAGCAACAAAUAUAUGAGUUAGAGAAAGAUUUUAAAGCAGGGCAACUAUCCAUAUGUCUUUCUCAUGGUGCACAGGAUGAGACGUUAAUCAAUACAGUGGACACUGGCAUAUAUAGCGAUGUAAAAAAUAUAUUGGAAAAGCAUAGAGAGUCGAUUUCACAGGACGCAUUGAAUACUUGUUUGAUAAAGGCGUCAGAAAGUGGUCAAAAAUUGGUACUGACUUUACUUCUAAAAUCUGGGGCGAACGUGAACUGUUCUGAUCAGUAUGGAAACAAACCUUUAAUGGCAUGCGCCCAGCGGGGUUACUAUGACAUGUCUAGAAUACUGAUUACUAACAAAGCUGAUGUUAAUAAAGUCAACAAUGUUGGAGAAACUGCUCUCCUGUUGUCCGUCACUAAAUAUGGCUCAGCUGAUAUGGCACGACUGCUUGUGUUCAAAGGUUCAAAGGUUAACGCUAAAAACAAUGAAGGUUACACGCCUUUGAUGAAGGCUGUUGAUGUUGGUGAUCUGGAGGUUAUACACAUUUUAAUUUUAAACGGUGCUGAUGUGACAGAUUCAAAGGGCGGUGAAACCGUUAUGGAAAAAGCAAACAAAAAGGGCAUUCAUUUAUUUUUAAACGUUUUUACCGACUGCAAAAUUUUGAAACAACCAACUUUGAUAGCCGCUGUUAAAUAUAGAGAUUUGAACUUGAUUCAAACAGUUCUAUCAUAUGAGGACGGCUGCAUAGACCAGAGAAGCUCCACAGGAGAAACAGCCCUUGAAGUUUUCAUCGAUUUGAUCCUAUCUGAGAAGAAAGGCUUAUCCCCUGAAGACAAACAAAUUAUUAACCUUCUUAUUUUGGAAGAGUAUAACUCUAGGAAAAGCUCUACACCCAGAAUGAAAAAUCAUCGAAACGCCAAGAAAUUUCCAUUGGUAAAAGCUGUGCAGCUCGGAGACGUUGAUAUAGUGAAAUGGCUGUGUAUCGCAGGUGCUCAAGUUAAUGAUCCAGAUAUCACUAGCAAAAGCACACCAUUAACUAACAAAUGGACUCCGUUGAUGAGCGCUGCAAAAGAAGGGUUCUUUGAAAUUGUAGAACUUCUACUGACAAAAAACGCUGAUAUUGAAAUCAAGGGAGCUGAGGGUACAGCACUUGACCUGGCGAUGAGUCACGAUCAUCUUGAUUGUGCCAAACUUCUUAUUGAACGAAAGGCUAGAAACGGAAACCCUGAAGCCUUUAGACUUGCAAUACAAUACAAUAAUUUGACAGUGUUUCUGCAUUUAAUAAGUACAUUCAAUAAAGACAUGACAGAUCUUCGCUAUUUGGACUGGUCUAUUCAAUUUAACAGUGAAAUCGUAUUUCGGAUUCUUUUAGAUAAGAAACCAGAUAUAAAUCAAAGGUUUUGUCGAUCUCACUACAAUCCCAAAAGUCCCAUCCCUAAAUCUGUAUGUCUGCUUCAUAUCACUGCCUCUUGUAAUCAUAUUAAAUUUACAGAGAUGCUACUUCAUAACAAUGCUGACCCUAAUGUAACAGACUCGAAUGGCAACACAGCACUUUUCUAUGCCAACAAAGAUAUCUGUGAUUUGCUGCUGAGAUUAGGCGCAGACGUCAAUGUUAAAAACGGAAAGGGCCAAACGGCAAUUUUCAGUGCUAUAGAGAACAGAAUGGCGGAUGUGGUCGAAUCAUUACUAGAAGCGGGGGCUCUCAUAAAUCUGCAAGAUGACUCAGAAGAGACACCGAUGUUCAAAGCUAUUUAUACUCGUAAUCCUGAAAUAAUCGCAUUGUUAAUCAAAUGGAAUGCUGACACAAAGACUGUCUUAAAAGGUGGACACUCGUACUUAACAGAACUAUUAAAGCAUCCCCCUGUAUUUUACUAUUCCCAUGAGGCCAGAGAAACUCAAAUUAUCCAGCACUUGUUGACAACAAACAUUGAUAUCAACUGGGAGAAUGACGACGGGAAUACAGCCUUGAUUCUGGCAUGUGACAUCGGAUUGGACGAUGCUGUGCAACUGCUGCUACGUCAUGGGGCUGAUGUUAACUUUGUGAACAAGUUUGGUCAAACUGCUCUUUCCAUUUCUCUCAGAGAAAACAUGGACAUUGUGAAGAUACUGCUGACCAGCAAUGCCAGGUUCCUUUCUCUUAUAGACUGUCAACAGGCCGUAUUAUUUUUCAUCAAUAAAAACGAUGCUGAUGUGAUUCAGUUAGCCCUUGGUCGAGGUGUCUAUCCUUUCUUGGUCAAGUCUGAUUACCCUGGUCAGCGUAUUUUCUAUAAGGACUACAGAUAUGACGACGAUGACGUCUCCCCACUGUCGCUGGCCCUGCAGGAAGGAUGCCAUGACAUUGCUGAAUAUUUAAUUGAAACUAGAUUCCUGACAGGAUAUGACGUCACUGCGCUGAUAAGGACAAAAGAGUUUCAAGACUUCGAACUUAGAACUGAAAAGAGUAGUGAUAGUAUCUUCCACAAUCUACUGUCGCUGUAUACGCUUAGCUUCGUCCAGGUUUCGGACUUGCUUGGCGCCACUCCAGAUCGGGAGAGUAGAGUCGAUUCUCUGCCACUACCUCAACCAAUCAAACGCCAACUUUUGUUUCAACACAUGGAUACUAAGAUGAAUAUUAUUACGACAAUUAAUGCCCCCAUCAGGGAUAUUAGCUCAUCACAGACACUACCUCAUCGCAGACACUACCUCAUCACAGACACUACCUCAUCACAGAUACUACCUCAUCACAGACACUACCUCAUCACAGACACUACCUCAACACAGACACUACCUCAUCACAGACACUACCUCAUCACAGACACUACCUCAACACAGACACAACCUCAUCACAGACACUACCUCAUCACAGAUACUACCUCAUCACAGACACUACCUCAUCACAGACACUACCUCAACACAGACACUACCUCAUCACAGACACUACCUCAUCACAGACACUACCUCAACACAGACACAACCUCAUCACAGACACUACCUCAUCACAGAAAUUAUCUCAUCACAGACACUACCUCAUCACAGACACUACCUCAUCACAGACACUACCUCAACACAGACACUACCUCAACACAGACACUACCUCAUCACAGAAAUUAUCUCAUCACAGACACUACAUUCGCAGAUACUACAUUAUCACACAUAAUACCUCAUUACAGACACUUACUCAUUACAGAUAAAAACAGGCGAAAAAAAAGCUGCUGGAAAAAGCAAAAAAAGCAACAAAUGUUAGCAUUGUUGGAUGAGUUAGAAAAAGAUUUUAAAACAGAGCAACUAUCAAUUUGUCCUUCUCAUGGUGCACAGGAUGAGACGUUAAUCAAUACAGUGGACACUGGCAUAUAUAGCGAUGUAAAAAAUAUAUUGGAAAAGCAUAGAGAGUCAAUUUCACAGGACGCAUUGAAUACUUGUUUGAUAAAGGCGUCAGAAAGUGGUCAAAAAUUGGUACUGAUUUUACUUCUAAAAUCUGGGGCGAACGUGAACUGUUCUGAUCAGUACGGAAACACACCUUUAAUGGUAUGCGUCCAGCGGGGUUACUAUGACAUGUCUAGAAUACUGAUUACUAACAAAGCUGAUGUGAAUAAAGUCAACAAUGUUGGAGACACUGCUCUUAUGCUGUCCGUCACAAAAUAUGGCUCAGCAGAUAUGGCACGACUGCUCGUGUUAGGUUCAAAGGUUAACGCCAAAAACAAUGAAGGUUACACGCCUUUGAUGAAGGCUGUUGAUGUUGGUGAUCUGGAGGUCAUACACAUUUUAAUUUUAAACGGUGCUGAUGUGACAGAUUCAAAGGGCGGUGAAACCGUUAUGGAAAAAGCAAACAAAAAGGGCAUUCAUUUAUUUUUAAACGUUUUUACCGACUGCAAAAUUUUGAAACAACCAACUUUGAUAGCUGCUGUUAAAUAUAGAGAUCUGAACUUGAUUCAAACAGUUUUAUCAUACGAAGACGGCUGCAUAGACCAGAGAAGCUCCAAAGGAGAAACAGCCCUUGAAGUUUUCAUUGAUUUGAUUCUAUCUGAGAAGAAAGGCUUAUCUCCUGAAGACAAACGAAUAAUUAAUCUUCUUAUUUUGGAAGAGUAUAACUGUAGAAAAAGCUCUACACCCAAAAAGAAGAAUCAGCGAGGUGCCAAGAAAUUUCCCUUGGUCAAAGCUGUGCAGCUCGGAGACGUUGAUAUAGUGAGGUGGCUGUGUAUCGCGGGGGCUCAAGUUAAUGAUCCAGAUAUUGCCAGCAAAUUUACACCAUUGACUAGCAAAUGGACUCCAUUGAUGAUCGCUGCAAAAGAAGGGUUCUUUGAAAUUGUAGAGCUACUGCUAACAAAAAACGCUGAUAUUGAAAUCAAGGGAGCUGAGGGUACAGCACUUGACCUGGCGAUGAGUCACGAUCAUCUUGAUUGUGCCAAACUUCUUAUUGAAAGAAAGGCUAGAAACGGAAAACCUGAAGCCUUUAGACUUGCAAUACAGUACGAUAAUUUGACAUUGUUUCUGCAUAUAAUAAGAACAUUCAAUAAAGACAUGAAAGAUCUUCGUUACUUAGACUGGUCUAUCCAAUUUGACAGUGAAGAAAUAUUUUCGAUUCUUUUAGAUGAGAAACCAGAUAUAAAUCAAAGGUUUUUACGAUCUCAUUACAAUCCCAAAAGUCCCAUCCCAAAAUCUGUAUGUCUGCUUCAUAUCGCUGCCUCUUAUAAUCAUCUUCAAUUUACAGAGAUGCUACUUCGUAACAAUGCUGAACCUAAUGUAACAGACUCGAAUGGCAACACAGCACUUUUCUAUGCCAACAAAGAUAUCUGUGAUUUGCUGCUGAGAUCAGGUGCAGACGUUAAUGUUAAAAACGCAAAGGGCCAAACAGCGAUUUUCAGUGCUAUAGAGAACAGAAUGGCAGAUGUGGUCGAAUCAUUACUAGACGCCGGGGCUGUCAUUAACCUUCGAGAUAGCUCAGACGAGACACCGAUGUUCAAAGCUAUUUAUACUCGUAAUCCUGAAAUAAUCGCAUUGUUAAUCAAAUGGAAUGCUGACACAAAGACUGUUUUAAAAGGUGGCCACUCGUACUUAACAGAAAUGCUAAGGCUUCCACGUGUUUUUUACUAUUCCCAUGAGGCCAGAGACACUCAAAUUAUCCAGCACUUGUUGACAUCAAGUAUUGAUAUUAACUGGGAGAAUGAAGACGGGAACACAGCAUUGAUGUUAGCAUGUAACAUCGGGAUGGUUGAUGUUGUGCAGUUGUUUGUAGAGCAUGGAGCUGAUGUUAACUUUGUUAACAAGUUUGGUCAAACAGCUCUUUCUCUGUCACUAUCAGAAAACUUAAAUAUUGUGAAAAUACUACUAACCAGCAAUGCAAGAUUCAAUUCUAUUUUACACUGUCAACAGGCGGUUUUCUUUUUUAUAAAUAGAAACGAUGCUGAUGUGAUUCAACUAGCCCUUGGUCGAGGUGUCUACCCUUUCUUGGUCAGAUCUGAUUACCCUGGUCAACUUAUUUUCCAUAAGGGCUACAGAAAUGAUGACAAUGACGUUUCGCCACUGUCGCUGGCCUUGCAAGAAAGACGCCACAAAAUCGCUGCCUAUUUAAUUGAAGCAAGAUUCUUGACGAAUUAUGACGUCACUAAGCUGAUACAAACAGACGAAUUCCAAGAGUUCAAACUGAGAACUGAAAAAAGUAAUAUCUUUAACAAUCUACUGUCGCUGUAUACGCUUAGCUUCGUCAAGGUUUCGAACUUGCUUGGCGCCACUCCAGAGCGGGAAAGUCAAGUCAACUCGCUACGAAUACCUCAACCAAUCAAACAGCAACUUUUGUUUCAACAUUUGGAUCCAAAGCAAAGAUAGAGAUUCUUUCAACCAUUAAAUAAAUGUAAUUCUAUGCCGUUAUUAGACAUUGCUUUCUUAAUUUCUAUCAAGGUUUAAUAUAUUUUUUAGUUUCAAAUAGUAAUUUUUAUAUUAACCCUAACUUAAGUCAUUGUAAAAAAAAUUUAAUCAUUUAUUUGUACAUCUUUUUAUUACAAAUCUUAAAUCAACUCACUUUGUCUGUCUGUCUGUGCCAAAUAUUGCACACGUUACUCUACCACACACCUUUUCUUGGUUGAAACUUUGAAAGUUGAAACCUUGCAUAAAUAUUA